AUGGCUUCCCCUAGUGUUCUCGCUUUUGACGCUGAGGGUCGAGCCAUUGACUUUGAGGUUUGGGUAGAUGACCCGCAGCUCUUCUUACAGUGCGAUAGGGCAGACGGUCUCUCCCUCUUUGACCUCACCUCUGGCGCCUCUCCUGCCCCUGCUGCUGAUGCUGACCCCACUGUUCGCUCCCAGUGGGCCACGCGCGAUGCUGCUGCACGUCUUGCUGUGCGUCGCCACCUGCCUACCUCUGAGCGCGCGCACUUUAGUCAGUACAAGAGUGCUCACACCUUAUACGACGCUGUAGUUGCGCGCUACUCUUCCCCUGCCACUGCUGCACUGAGCCGCCUCAUGCUACCGUACCUCUUUCCUGACCUUGCUGCCUUUCCCACAGUCGCUGACCUCGUUACGCACCUCCGCACUAGUGACACUCGCUACCGCGCCGCACUUCCUCCUGAGGGUGUUCCCCUUCCCCCCUGUUGCCCUCUGUCGCCUCUACUACUGCGGCCGACCUCGUUGGUCUUGAGUCGGUCGGUACGGCGUCUGCCCCUAGCGGGAGACGCCGCUCUGGCAAGGGCAAGGGGGGCAAGGGCGCGGGUGGGGCUAGCGGGGGUGGUGGAGGUGGCGGUGGGGGCGGAGGGGGGAGUGGGGGUGGCGGUGGGAGUGGUGGCGGGGUUGGAGGUGGCGGUGGCAGCGGCGGAGGCGGAGGCGGCGGUGGCGGUAGCGGUGGGAGCGGAGGCGGCGGUGGCGGCGGAGGUGGAGGCGGCGGUGGUGGAGGAGGUGGAGCUGGUCGGGGUGGUACUUCUCAAAGGAGCGGCUCCGGGAGUGGUCAGCGCCAGCAGCAGCAACAGCGUUCUCGGGACAUCCCCCCUCCUCAGCAGCUCCGUGAGUGGUACAUGCAGCGUCACCGUGGUGGGGGGUUUCGGUCCGUGCACCUACGUCCUUCGCUCCGGCAACCGCGCGGGUGAGCAGUGUGGGGGUGCUCACCCCACCCAGCGCUGCUUUGGCCGCCUGACGGACGCUUGGCGUCAGCAGUUCCCGGAGGCUAGUGAGAUCCCCCGCUGGGGAGAGCUGUCUAGGGCAGGCGUAGCUAUCUUUGAUCUUGACUUUGAUGCUAUCCUUGCUGCCAUGUAUUCUGUGACUAUUAGUGAUGAGGGUGACUGUUACCGGUGUUUCCCGCCCGACCCGGGCAUUGGUACCACGUCGGCUUCGGCCUCCCUCACCUUCACACUUGACUCAGGGGCUUCUCGCUCCUUCUUUCGAGACCGCACCACACUCACGCCGCUUGGUCGGCCAGUUGCAGUCUCCCUGGCAGACCCCUCUGGGGGUCCUGUCCUCUCUCACUUCUCCACUGUCCUCCCGUGUUCGGCUGCCCCCUCUGGCACCUUGUCUGGUCUUUAUCUCCCCUCGUUCUCUACAAACUUGGUGAGUGGUGCUGACCUGCAGGAUACGGGGGUUCACCAGUUCACUCCUGCGAGUCAGCGGGUGACCCACUGCACGGAUGCUCGGACAGGCCGACACUUGGCCACGUUUAUACGUCGGCCGGGGUCGAGCCUGUACACACUGACCACUGAGUCUCCUCUAGUUACUGCGUCUGGUCAGGUAGCUGCGUCGGGUCAGGGGCGGCUCCGAGCUGCCCCUCACUCCUCUCAGUUUCCCCCGACAGAGGCCCCGCUGCAGACGCUUCACAUGGACGUGUGGGGCCUGACCCGCGUCCGUGGACAGGGUCACGAGCGCUACUUCCUGCUGGUGGUUGACGACUACUCGCGUUACACCACAGUCUUCCCCUUGCGCAGCAAGGGUGAUGUCGCUGAGACCUUUACGCUUCCGGACUCUCCACAGCAAAAUGGGAUUGCUGGGCGCUGCAUUGGCAUGGUCAUGGACGUCGCUCGUACGUCCAUGAUGCAUGCAGCUGCCCCCCAUUUUCUGUGGCCGUUUGCGGUUCAGUUGGCCAUGCGUCUGCGUUCCGUGUCUGGGGAUCUCGGGUGUUUUGUCCGCGACUUCUCUGCGGACAAGCUGUCCCCUCGGGCUGCUCCCUGUGUCUUCCUUGGCUUCCCCUAUGACGCCUCUGGGUGGCAGUUCUACCACCCCACCUCUCGUCGUGUUCUGUCCUCCCAGGACGUCACGUUCGACGAGUCAGUACCCUACUACCGUGUGUCCCAGGUAGAUGCAGUUGAGCCGGACGAGGUUGGUGGUGACUCUGGUACUGCUGCGGGUGCUGAGCCUGGGGGUGCUGACUCUGGGGGUGCUGCGCACGUGGGUGCUGAGCCUGGGGGUGCUGCGUCUGGGGAUGCUGCGACUCGGGGUGCUGAGCCUGAGGGUGCUGAGCCUGGGGGUGCUACGACUUGGGGUGCUGAGCUUGGGGGUGCUACGACUGGGGAUGCUGAGCCUGGGGGUCCUUCGCCUGGGGCCACUCUCUCCACAGAAGCUGCCGCGAUGUGGUUUGCCCGGCGCUGGAGGCGUACUACUGGAGCUGGUGCUUCUUCGGCUGCUGAGGGUGCUGGUGCUGCCGGUCUCGGAGGUGCUAGUCCUGCGAGUGCUACUGGAGUCGGAGCUGCUGAGGGUGUUGGCGCUGAGGAUACUGCUGCCAGUUCUGGCGGCGGUCCUGCUGCGGGUGCUACUGGUGCUGCUGGAGGUACUGGAGCUGGAGGUGCUGUUGACGCUGGUGCCGCCGCUGGGGGUACUGGUGCUGUCCCUACCGUGUCUUGA